ACGACUUGGGCACGUCAUCCCCAAAGUAUUUUAUAAUUUUUUUUUAAUUCGGCCAUUAAAAAUAAACAGAAAAUGAGUGCUAUUUUCAAUUUCCAAAGUUUGUUGUCAGUGAUUCUAUUAAUGAUUUGCACUUGUGCCUACUUGCGUUCGCUGUUUCCCAGUAUAAUGGACCGCAAUAAGACCGGAUUGCUUGGUGUUUUUUGGAAAUUGGCUAGAAUUGGCGAACGUAAAUCUCCAUAUGUGGCGGUUGCAUGUUUAGUAAUGGCUGUUUCUAUACUAUUCUGGACGUGAUUGGUUUUGUGUAACGAUAACAUGAGGGGCUUUAGUUUAAGAAUAAUCUACUCAUUUUGUUGGCUUAAAAGAUUAUAAAGCAUUUUGUAUCAAUUUGUGUAUGUAAACAAAUUUAUUUUAAGAUAAAUAAUGACUGCAUUUCCUUU